GAGCGCCAGAACGAAGGCAGGGCUCGCUGCGUGCUCGCCGCACCCACCAUGGCCUCUCGCAGCGCGGGCACCCUGCUGACCGAGUUCAAUGCCGCCUACGUGCCCCCCGCCCUCAUGCCCGGGUACCAAGGCCAUGUUCCCGGUGUGGCCUUCUCCUUCGGCUGCCCGUACGGCACCGCUACCCUCAAGUACUUCCAGGACCACCGCAACGCAGCCCUGGAGAAGGGCCACACUCCCUUCAGCAAGGGCGGCCACUUCCCAACCCUCUUCUCCGCAAACCCCAACAUCAUGCUGAGUAACCGCUCCCGCACCCGGGACCGCUGGCUGCACACCCCCACCUAUACCCGCUUCAACCUGGACAAUGACCGCUCCACCCAACUCACCUGCUUUUACCAGAUGGCACAGAAGCAUCGGAAGUACUAUCAAGACAAGACGGGCAUGGUGCUCCGGGUCCCCUAUUUCGUGCUGCCUGUGAAGGAGUGGGAACGGUACCCCAUCCCCACCGACCUGCCUCCUCUGAGCCCGAAGGAUAAGUGGCACCUUUUAAGACUAUGCCCUGAGAACAUGAAGACCUACCAGACGUUCCCAUCGGGGAAGAGGGUCUCCUCACAGGAGCGGCAGAAGAGAGACUCCUACUUUGAGUUCAGAGCAUGACGCCUGACAGCCGUGGUCCUGGCCAGGUUGGCUCUUUGGAAUAAAAUCUUAAGCCAUGACCAUCCCAUGCUCCUCUCCUCUGAGCCCCAGGAGCAUUUGGUUACAGCAGGACAACGCCCAGGGGUCACACAGCACUGUGUCAUAAGGGCUGUGAAAAGCUCAGCUCAAGGGGUUCAAGCCAAAAAAGUGCAGUUGUCAGUGACCUGUGGGGCUCACCCACCUUUCCCCCUGAGGUGGUGGAGGUAGAACUGAGGACUUUAGGGAUCCUGAGUUGUGGUGGCAGGUCACCCAGAUAGGAGAUACCUUCCAUCUGCUUCCACUGGUAUAAUUGAGGAAGGCCCAUUAUCCCACAUCUGAGAAUGAAGGUGAAGUGACCCCAGGACAAUUGCAUAUGCAAAGGAAUUCCUGUUUGAGCUUGGCUCAGCAUUAGUUAGUCCACACAAUAACCUGUAACAGAAGUGUUAUUGAUAAAGACACUGAGACUCAGAGAAGUUGAGAAAGUUGUCCAAGCUCACACAGCUUGGAAGUGGCACAGCCAGGAUUUGAAUCCAGGUCUGUCUGAAUCCCAAGCUCUGAUUUUUCCACUCCACACCCUGCUUGUGGUCCAUGUGGUGACUGAUAUGCAGGAAUGAUACAGCCCUUGGGAUCCUGAAGGACCCUGUGGUGCCGGGGAAAAGCACACAUUUCUGCCUUCUGCCCACACUGGCAUGGACGAGCUGGUUUGGCAUCUACCCCUGGGACUAUUUCUAGAAGGGGACAGGAGGGAGUCACCCAAGACUAAGCCACUCUUCAAGGAAUCUCUGUUUCAGGAGCCUCUAGGCCAGAAGUGGACACCGGAAAAGGGUUCCGAGGUCACACACCUGAGGUGGCCUGGGAAGGCCAAGUUCUAGAGUGUUUAUUCUCAUCAGGCUAUUGUUUCCCACUUCCUGGGAGGCCUCCUGCCUGCUGGGACAGGGGACAGGAUGUGGGUGACAGUCCCUCAGCGGACAGGAUCUGGGAUGGGGACCUCAGGCCAGGUGUAUACCCACACUACAGGAGUUCUUCAAUAUUCCAGCACUUCCUGGAUUUAAUCAAGGGACUCACCCCUGCAUGGUGAGUCAGGACCUAAAAGCAAGGGGACCACUGAAGGUUCAAGUACAUGAGGGUGAAACAGCCCUUCCCCUCUGAGCCAUCCUCAGUUAGACUCCUCCCCGCAGGACGCUGUAAAUAAGAAAACCUUGUGCCCAUCAGGUAGGCAUCCCCCAUCAGGGGCUUCUCCUGUGUCUCAGUCUCUGACCAGCUGGACCCCAAAGGGUCCCUGUGAGGGCCAAACUCAUUCCAGGGCUUGGCCGAAUAACAAAGCCAAUAAAAUGAUUGCUGGUCACCCACUGUCACAUCCCAAGGGCCUGGGGGUGCCACGUGGGGCCAAAAUGUCUUCUCCCUCAACCAGGGCUGGGAAACCGCGUGCCACCUGGAAUGACCGCUA